AUGUUAUUCGCUUAUGAGGCUUUAUCUACUUUUUCAAAUUUAACUAAUUUAUCUACUGAUACUUCAUAUAUUAGUUCUUUUGAUUCGUGGCCAAGGUAUAGCUUAGAAAUUUCCGAUUGUACAGGUUACAAGAUUGAUAAUGCUGUUUGGAAAGCUGAUGAAAUGGAAGCUUAUUAUGUAUUCCGUUGUACACCUAGCUGGAUAAGCGGUCUCUUCAAAUUUCCACCACCUGGAACGCAAAUUACGGUCAUGGCAAAGCAAGAUCUUCAUAAUAAUAAUAUUAUAAAAGAAUCAUUUAAAAUUUAA